UUAUCGAAUAGAUAACCGUUAAGCCAAUUAAACUUAUUUUUAAUCAAAACAACAAUUUAAGAUUCAAUAGUGAUGUCACAAUCCAUCAACAAUAAACAGAUUGUAAUUCCUGGUGAUGUCAUAACCAAACACGUCAAUUCAAUCACUGGAGAUUCCGACGUUAAAUUAGGCCCCGGACUUUACCACGAGGCUGACGAAGUAAAAGUUUGCAAACCCGGUGUCCUGCGUCAUAAAACUCCCGACACUUUCUGGGUUGAUUGCCACCAGAAGAGAUAUGUGCCAAGUAAAGGUGACAAUGUUGUUGGGGUUGUAACUUCGCGACAAGGUGACAUGUACAAGGUUGACAUCGGAGCUAGUCACUUGGCGGUGUUAAACUACAUGUCCUUCGAAGGGGCGUCCAAGCGGAACAGACCCAACGUAACAAAUGGAGAUCUUAUAUUCGGGAAACUAAUUGUCGCAAACAAGGACAUGGAGCCUGAGGUUUCGUGCGUGGACCCGAACAAUGGGAAAGCUAACGGGUUGGGGGUGUUGAGCGAUCGUGGGUUUUCAUUCCAUGUACCCCUAAACCUCGCAAGGAAACUUUUAUCUCCAAGUUUCACGUUGAUUCAUGAGCUCGGGGCGAGAAUUACUUUUGAAAUAACAGUGGGAAUGAACGGACGCAUUUUCCUUUCGUGUAACUCCCCAAAGUUCGUUAUUCUGAUCAUGGACGUAAUAUUAUCCGCUGAAUAUUUAUCAAAUGAACAAAUGGAAAAACUUUUAAAUGAAAUGUUUGUUUAGUAGGCCAUGUUGAUUAUUUUUGAAAACUUGAGUAAAAUACUGUAUUAAACUUGAAUUUCUUAAUUUUUUUAACAACCUGGAAUUGACAGCAGACAUCCAUAAAAAUUCAAUCUUUAUGGAAUUUUUUAAACGAAUAAUUUGCAAAAAGGAAUUAUAAUAGUUCAAAGGUUACAACAUGAAUUUUGCCCCGGAUAAUAUUGUGUUUAUCACCGUUGCAUAAGAGGUUAAUGUGUAUUUUAUGUACA